CCUUCCCUCACCCGCGUCGUCCCUUGAAUCGGGACGCGUUCAUCGCCUGCUCAGUCUACUUGCGCAAUGGACGGGGAGUCUGAACACGUACGACGAGUAUGCUAUAUCGUAUCCAACGAGCUUGUCAAGGCAUCCUCUUUACUCCCGUCAAACAGCAAUCGCUCUUUGCUGGUCCAUGCACUUGUCAAGGCCUAUGGACUGCUUGACCCGGCAAAGUGUCCGAAAGAUACUCGUUUGCAAGUUCUAAGGCCUGUUCCUGCUGACAACAAAGAUCUUGGCGCAUAUCACACUCAGGAUUAUCUACAGUUUGUCUUGAAUCCUGCUAAUGGAAGUGCACCUGAUGACUCAAACGUUGCGGAGUUUGGUCUCGAAGAAGACUGUCCGCCUUUCGCCGGGCUCAGUCAGUACGUUCGCCUCGUUGCAGGAGGUACUCUAACAGCUGCUAGUGCUCUCCGAGAGGAUCGUGCGGAUAUUGCAAUCUGUUGGGAUGGCGGCAGGCAUCAUGCACGCAAGUCAGAAGCAUCCGGGUUCUGCUACGUCGCUGACUGCAUUCUCGCUAUACUCACCCUCAAACGCAUGCACCGCGGGCCGGACUCCUCUGUGCGACGUCCUCGGGUCAUGUACCUCGAUCUCGACCUUCAUUUCUCUGACGCUGUGUCUGAGGCAUUUCUGGACUCUUCCGCGACGUCUCUGGGGCCACAGAUCUUGACUCUGUCUAUUCACCACAGUGCCCCGGGCUUCUUUCCCUCUUCGUCUCUCGCGACGCUACGGGACCCUUCCGCGGAUCGGUUCGACCCUUUCACAUUGUCGAUGCCGCUCGAGCGGAGUGCCACGGACGCAACAUUUGCUCGAAUAUGGCCAUCAGUCGAGCGCGUCAAAGGAGCUUUCCAGCCAGAAUGCGUCAUCGUACAGUGUGGCGUCGACGGACUUGCGGGGGACCCGCAUGGCAUCUGGAACUGGUCACUAAAUGAUAGUGAGGGAAGUAUGGGGUGGUGCAUAGAUCGUGUUUGCAACCAAUGGGGGUGCAAGGUGCUCAUGCUCGGCGGCGGUGGAUACAACCAUCCCAACGCUGCACGGGCAUGGGCAUACAUGACUUCAAUCGCUCUUGGGCGAGCUCUGCAGCGGGACACCGACAUCCCAGACCAUGGUGCAUUCCCGCUGUAUGCUCCGUCGUUCACUCUGGACGUACCGGCGGGUAACGCUUCCGACCGCAAUGAUGAUGCAUACCUGGAGAAGAUUACCGAGCACUUUGAAAGAGUUGCACAAAUCAUCGAGGAGAGAAUGUGUACUGGCACCUAAGGCUGUAGGGGCACCGUUUGAGACCCGGGCGGGGCAGUCAUGCGAAUACAGGUAGAACCCCAAACACCUUACUCAAAACUGCUGAUACUGGUUAUGCUCAGAGGGAAAACCACAAACGAACGAGUAUCAGCAUACUGUACUGUCUCCAUGUAGAAAGCUUGCACCUACAUUAGGUCACGUCACUGAUUGUAUGAAGUACCAGGAUUCAAAGCCAUAGGCUCACACUGCACAAUGACAAGUCAACCCUAUCCACACA